GCAUGUUGCUGCUUCUUAUUUUCUAGCAUGUUGUCGGUACACAUGUUGUUUCUUAUUUUCUAGCGUUUUGGGAGGAAAAACGGUUGAAAGAAGUGACCCAAGCUGGGUACAAGAUGUGGCUCUUCUGCAUUCUAUUGUUUGCAUUGGCUCAGCGGUCAUUUAGCACAGUGCCCUGUAACAGUAAUGACCAUCAGACAACUUCAGGGACCUCGAUAGAAAGCACUUCCCCAAACACAACCACGUCUGAGAUUACUUCUACACCAACUGAAACAUCAGCAAAUGAGACCAACCACAGAAAUGAUUUGAAUAAGGCAAACACUUCUGGGAUUAAUUCUACAGCUUCCACAACAUCAGAAAUAACAGAAUAUGUGACAUCUUCUGGGACAUCUGAAGAAACCACUUCCCCAGGGACAACCACCUCUGAGAUUACUUUGACAGCUUCCACAACACCAGAAACAACAGAAUAUGUGACAACUUCUGGGACUUCAGAAGGAAGCACUUCCACAGAGGCAACCACCUCUGAGAUUACUUUGACAGCUUCCACAACACCAGGAACAACAGAAUAUGUGACAUCUUCUGGGACCUCUGAAGGAAGCACUUCCACAGGCGCAACCACCUCUGAGAUAACUUCAACAGCUUCCACAACACCAGAAACAACAGAAUAUCUGUCUUUACGAAAGAAGCAAAGCUUGUAG